AUGUGGUCAACCCGGGCCGUUGGGAGAUGCCGGGCCAGUGGACCAGAGGGGCCUCGGGGUGGGACCGGACACCCAGGACCUAAAGGAGAGAGGGGCCACAUCGGACUGAAGGGGCCGUCCGGGCCCAACGGAGACAAAGGGCCCAUGGGCGUCCCCGGCUUCUCAGGAACCGAUGGCGUACCCGUGAGGCCAUACCGGAGCCGGCGGUCCCAGGGUCCUCCAGGUGUUGACGGCUGUAACGGGACACGGGGAGAGCCUGGAGACACAGGCUAUGGGAUCGGACCUCCUGGAACUCCUGGCCCCAGUGGAAUUUAUGGACCAAAAGGACAAAAGGGAGAGCCUAUCUUCAUCUCUGACACAGACAACACCAUCGCGGGUUUGCCAGGUUUACCAGGAGUCAACGGCCCACCGGGAUAUCGAGGCCCUGACGGCAGACCUGGAGCGCCUGGACCUAUUGGACCCACUGGAUAUGCCGGUCCUCCUGGUCCCCCCGGUCCGCCAGGCCCCAUGGGAAGCCACGGUGAAGGCUAUUGGGGAGAGAAAGGAGAUAAGGGCAAUGUGGGGCCGCCUGGUCCAAGCGGUUCCACUCGCGACACGACUUUAGUCAGCGAACAAACUCUCACCAUUUACAAAGGAGACAGAGGUGAUCCAGGCUACAAAGGAGUGCGUGGAUUUCCUGGAACACCUGGACAACCGUUGGAGAAAAGGGAAUUCCAGGAUACCCAGGGGCACGGGGUCCACCCGGUUUUAACGGCCCUCCUGGUCCUCCAGGUCAACAGGGAUACAGUGGCAAUCCAGGCUUUCCAGGGCCUCCAGGAUUCUCAGGGGGAAAGGGCCUUCAAGGAGAACCCGGGCUUCCAGGACCUCCCACUUACGUCAGUGAUUUUGGCACUGCUGUUCAAGGUUCCCCCGGAGACAACGGGCGCCCUGGAACCCCUGGACCUCCCGGUGACCAAGGGGCUCCAGGAUUUCCAGGUCUCCCAGGACUCCCCGGAACCUUCACAGGGACUGGAGGGCGUGGAGCUCCAGGUUUCCCUGGUACCCCAGGACCAAAGGGUGAGAAGGGUAACCCCGGCAUCCCGAGCUACGGCCCCGAGGGACAGCCUGGCAGUACUGGACUGCAGGGGCCCCAAGGAUCCCGCGGACCCCCUGGACCCCCCGGGCCGAAUGUUGAUGGAGUUACCAUCCCGGGUCAACCGGGACUGCCCGGUGCGAGAGGAGAUCCUGGUGGCCCUGGAUUCAAAGGAAUCAGAGGUGAUUCAGGGGACUGUGCUUGUGCCGGUGGAGGAGUGUCUGGGACUCCGGGGCCUGAAGGACCACCAGGACCCAGUGGGACACCCGGGUUCCCUGGAGCCAAGGGCGAGCCAGGGAAUGGAGGAGCACCCGGCUACAACGGUGCUCAGGGACCUUCAGGCCCAGCUGGACCUCGAGGAGGAUUUGGGCGUAAAGGAGAGAAGGGCACUUCCUAUUACCCCGUCCAGGGUUAUGGAGUGA